AAAGUUUAUGUAGAUGAUAAAGAAGAAUACAUAUCUUUUUUAAUAAUUCAUCAGCAUUAUCUUGAUUAUCCAGAAUCAGAUAAUAAGAAAGAGAAAGAAAAGAUGGAACUAAGUACAGAAG